UCUCUUUUGAAGUUCCAUUAAGGUCUAUAAUGCGCCAACAGCACAAUGGUGUCACGGUACCUGGGCGGCGAUCUAGUGCAUCGGUCCUCGCUUCAUACAACACGCCAGGAAAGGCUGCAUCUGCUCUAGUUUCGUUGGAAUAAAAGUGCUUAGUGUUCCAUUUGCAAAACCAGGACACCUCUAGGUAAAUCCCACCGUUUUCUUCAAAUCUGCCAAGAUGUCUCUCCAUCCAUCCUCACUGCUGUCCGUCGCGGCCGUGCUUGUUUUGACAUCCGUAGGAAUCGUGCAUGUUGCUUGUGAGGUUCGCCUUGUGAAUAGUUCCGCCACUGUCCCCAAUGCUGGCAGGGUGGAAGUCUGGGACCCCGACACCUCUGAGUGGCUCGCCGUGUGCGCGAACGAUUGGCAUUUCACUGACGGUCAAGUAGUCUGCAAGGAGCUGGGUUAUCCUGGAACGGCUUUGGUGGAGAAUCAAUCCGAGUAUGGAGACGGAGGACCGGGGAAGUCAAUCGGUGGCUUCAACUGUACUGGAGAUGAAGCAUAUUUGCUAAGCUGCACGAGAAGUGACCCAAACGAUGAACCAUGCGGUGCCAACCACACAGCCGGAGUCGUAUGCGCAGCUCCAGGAUAUGAAGGUUGCAAGAUGGAAAUGAACGACAACAGCAGAAUCUUUAAGACGCUAACAUCCAUCACAGACAACACCGUUGAGAAAUGUAUUGAAUUCGCUAAAGCUCGGCAAGACGGAGCACCCAUACUUUACGCUGGGGUGUUGGGAGAAGAGUGCUCGUAUGGGCUGAAAAACCCGGAUAACAUCGCCAGCCUCCCAGCAGUUGAUGACUCCAUGUGCGACACUGCCUGCCCUGGAAAUCCCGAUCAGAGAUGUGGUGGAUCGGGACUUAUUUCAGUCUACAGUGUAAAUGGUGGAUUCUGUAGCGGUCCAGUUUUGUCCAACGGCGAGCAGGUCGUUCAGCCGACGCCGGAUUUUUUCUAUUUUGGAACCGUCGUCGACUUCACUUGCAACCCCGGGUUUGAGCUACAGGGGGCGCCCUCCGUGCAAUGCGUCAUGGGUUCUUCUGGGACUGCACAGGUCACGUGGAGCAACAGUACACCCGAAUGCUUCGCCGCUGAUAAUGAUAUGACCACUAGCAAGGCUACAACGCCGCCAGGCGGUAAUGGAGCAGAUGUUGCGUUGGUUCUCAGCAUCCUGAAUACAGUCAUCCUGGUUCUCCUCAUCAUCGCUAUCUUGAUGGGACUAUACUGCUGCAUCAUCAGACAAAGGGAGAGUUCCCCUGCUAUGCUUCCUCGCUACACAGAGACCAACUCCCUGGACAAGAACGAAGGUGACGACCGGGAACCCACGGCCAGCCCGCCGGUCCCCGAGCACGGGGUCGCCCUGCAGGAACUCCCCGAGUACUCCACCGUCAACAAAGAUGCCAAGCGCAAAUCCAGGGUGCCCAGAACCAACUCCGGCUUCGAGAUGGACGAGGGACCGAGGAGGCCCAAGUCCAACAUCUCAGAGUCGGGGAGGAACCGUACCUCCAGACCUCAGGUGGACAGAAACGAGGAGAUUUUGGGGACCAUCAUUGUCAGCCCAAUAGCCCGUCCAGAGGGAGGCGAAGAGCACGAGGAACGGCCAGCUGAGGAAGAAGGGUGGGAGGAGAACCUGACCUACGAUUCCAUCGAAAAUGACCCCAAAUAUGUAAACACGAGAAAAUAGUAAGAUUGAUCGAAGGUACAUUGAGAAGUUAUAUUGCUUUCAAUACUUUACCAGUCAGUAAAUACACUCUUGGAUGACUGUAGGAAGAUCUAACUGGAAAACAGUCUAACUUGCUCCCUGCCGCUAACUACAUACAGGCUGUAUGUAACGGCCAGUUGGUGCAAAUUAGACUGUUUCCAGUCUUUUUUUAACUAGUGAACUACUCUUUUAAACAACUUUUAAGCUUUUAUGUCAGAUGCAAAACUGAAAUAUAUAUGUUUGACACGGCACUAAAGUAUUUGUCUGCAGAAUUGUAUACACAUGUAUUAGUGGGAUGCAUAUUUCGCUAUUGAGAGUUGGUUCAUUUUAUAUCUGAUUUUCAUAAAAUUCCAUGAAUUCAAAUUAUCAGAACGAACAGUAAAGCAUGAAGAGAAUACAUCCCCAGAAUAUUCUAAACACAGAAUACAAACUGACAACAAUUGUCAAAGUUUUUGCAUGAAAACUUUAGAUACCCAAUUUUUACAUCAUUUAAAAUAAGUUGUUAUUGACAUUAUAGUUAAUAACUUGGAAGAUGUUGCCGAACAAUUUAUACAUUGUGCGUAACUGACGUAAGUUGCACAUUUGUUGGGCAGUUAAUUUCUCUAAGUAAUUCAAAAAAUAAUUUUGAAAAAUUCUUUACAUGUAUUAAUAUUGCAGCACAAUUUAUUUGAUAAAGAUGUUAUCUAAUUGGCGUAUUUCUUAAGGUAUUUGUUUGCAAGUCAGAUAUCAAGUAUACGGGAUGACCCCCAAAAAAGUUGUGCAUGGCAGACAUCUUUCAAUUUCUCAAAAAGUAUCCAACAUCAGCAUUUCAUGUUGAUGGAGUAUACUGUUUGUACUCUUGUGUAUAAUCACAGCGAAAAUUUGAUGCAAAUCCAUUCUUGCAAACCAGAGAUACAACAUAAACUGUAAAUGGCAAUGUGUUUUUCACCCAUUUCAAUGUGAUUUACACAGUUAAUGAAAAGACUCAUUAUUGCAGAGUGCUGGUUGAGCGAUUUCCCAUGCAAUGUGUAAUUCCAUUAGAAUGGUUGAAAAACACAAAUCCUUUUUAUAAUCUGUUAGAUCUCUGGUUUGCAUGAACAUAUUUCCAAGACAUUUUCACUGAUUAUACACAAGAGUAUUAUUAAUAUGUUCCAUCAAUUGAAGUACUCACGUUUAGGUGUAUAACUUUUGAGAAAUUUAACGAUAUCUGCUUGCACAAUUUUAUUUUUGGGGGGCACCGUGUAUUUGAAACAUGUUAUUGAGUCAGUUACCCAAACUGGCCUUUUUUAAACGGCCUUUGCCUAUUUGGGGCAGCAUUGUUACAAUUUUAAGAUUAUUCAUGAUUGUAAAAAGUUGAACUCGAAAAACUUAUUUGAAUGCCUCAACUUGGUGAAUACACUGUAAAAACAGUGUCAUUUAAACACAUCAGAACGUGUUGAGAGUUUAAAACGUUUAGGAAUGUGUUUCAAUUCUAAACGUUUACCCCUUUUAAUGUUGUGAAACUAAAGGUGUUUACAUUUUGGACAUGUGCUUAGGAUUGUAUAUCUAAAUGCGCUUAGGAAGGUGUUUAAAUGCUUAACAUAUUAUUCAUUGAACAUGUCAAACGGAUAAUGCGUGUCACAGAAAAAGGACAUCUAAACAUGUCAUGAUGCUAAAUGUGUGGAAAAAGUGGGUACAGAAUAAGUGUUUAGAAAUGUGUUUAAAUCCUAAGCACCAUUUUUACAGUGUACAGGCCUGAAAGGGUGGUUUUCACUGGUUUUAUGUUCAUAUCAGUACUCAGUGAUUGUUCUACAGGCAUAUACGGUACAUAAAUUAGACCCUAUGGUUGCCAGGUUUGUAAGUAUAAUUUUGUGACAGAGAAUUUGUCAUUUUCUCCGUGGGUGGCGCGUUGAUGACGAGAGCGAACUGUCGAAAGAAUCAGACAAAUUUGCAGCUCAAAGGAAAAGAAAAAAAAUACGUAGUAUGUAAAAUAUUAUGAAAACAGGCAUUUUACUUCAUUUUAAAUUCAUUAAAUUAAUAAUCGGAUUUUUCAUAAUUAGUGAUCCUUUGUUUUUGUUUACUGUUCCAUGUUUAUUAUCAGUACUGAAUUUUGUAUAAAAUACAUCGAUGUAUCUUGCCUGGUGGUGUACAUCAAUAAGUAAUUGUUUAGGUUAGCUAUAGGAGUGCGAAAGGGAUGUACAAAAACUUCAAAAAGACAUUUUGUGGUCUUAAUUUAUACUCAGAAAUUCCAAAAUGAUUAUCUUCCGUGUUAAAAAAUUGGUUCUAUUUCGGCUGCGGUCAAAAUAAAAGUCGGGAGAGAUGGCACCGAUUUAUGCGUUGCGAGUUGAUAGGCAGUUUGUUUAAGUAAGAUUUGAGGCUUUGCAUGGUGGAGAUACUAAAUAAUGAAAGGUUUGCGGAAAC